AGUACACUGGUGCAAGUCUAGGGGAAUGAAAAGGCAACAUGCAUUCACAGGGGCUUUGCACUGCUGCAAAGGUCAUUCGGAGCAACAGAGAGUUACAGCUAAAGUUUGACAGAUGCCAGCAGUUCGGCAAUGAGGGCCAAGCACCAGAGAUUAUCAGAACUUAUAGAAAAGGGACUAAACAAUGUCUUUAAACUACAUCAAGAAUUUCUAUGAAGGAUGUCUGCGGCCUCCCACUGUGAUUGGCCAGUUCCACACUUUGUUCUUUGGCUCUGUGCGCAUGUUCUUCUUGGGGGUUCUGGGAUUUGCAGUUUAUGGAAAUGAGGCCCUUCACUUCAGCUGUGACCCAGACAGCAGGGAACUCAACCUCUUCUGUUAUAACCAGUUUCGACCGAUAACUCCGCAGGUUUUUUGGGCCUUACAACUGGUGACCGUUCUCGUACCUGGGGCUGUUUUCCACCUCUACGCUGCUUGCAAGAACAUUGACCAAGAGGACAUCUUAGAGCGGCCCAUCUACACUGUCUUCUACAUCAUCUCUGUGCUCCUGCGGAUCAUUCUUGAAGUGGUGGCCUUCUGGCUCCAAAGCCACCUGUUUGGCUUCCAAGUGCACCCAUUGUACAUGUGUGAUGCAAGCGCACUGGAGAAAGCAUACAACUUCACCAAGUGUAUGGUGCCUGAGCACUUUGAGAAGACCAUCUUCCUCAGUGCUAUGUACAUUUUCACCAUCAUCACCGUUGUGCUGUGUGUCGCUGAGAUCUUUGAAAUACUUUGCAGGAGACUCGGCUAUUUAAACAGUCAAUGACCCUUCGCUUUAAGCUGCAUAGAAAACAUACACUUAAACAUUCACCCAUUCACAUACACAGGCAAACACGCUUUCUCACACACACAUAUGCAAACACGACAUCACACAAAAGCGGGGAAGUAUACGUACCUCAAGAAACGAAUGUCUACUCAGAACUGUUUUGUGGUGUACAUGAUAUUAGGAUUAUACUUGAUUACAGAAUAUACGUGUGGUUGGCUACUGGAGCACUGGGCUUUUGCUUUCCUACAUGUGAAAUGAUCAUCUGAAGAUGUUCCAUAUUUGGUAUUUGUAAAUAAUUGUCAAACAUCCAUCCAACUUGAGUGACAUUAUUCUCUACUAAAGGCCAGGACUUAUGAUAUGCUUUGUUGCAUCCAAAAGGUUUUAGUCAUGUGGCCAGUGCAUGAUGUAAGAUCAUCGGCAACAUUUGUGAGAUCAUUAUCAGAUGGCUGGGUACUACAAACUUUUGUAUGUGCUGAAGUAAUCCAUAAUUUUGACCGUAAGUGUAUAAUCUCAGGUAGAAUGUGACAUACUGUGAAGUGACUGGAUUUGUAAUGGAUUUAUUUAUCCCAUUCAAAAUUGAUACACAGGACUAACCAUCAUUUAGCUCUAUUUCUCAUGAUUUCUCUUUGAAUAGUAUCUUACUAAAAUCAUUAUUUAGAGGCCUUUUUUCCUGUGUGUCCCUGUACUGUCUGGUGUAGCAUUUCAUGUUUAACUGUUACCUGUAACUAUGGCUUUGUAUCCAUGGUGCGUUGAACAUUUUUUUGAGGUUAUUUCAUUUGAGGGUGUCUACACAUUGAGGUAUCUGCAUUUAUUAAACCAGUGUAUCACAUUUUCUGAUGGACUUUCUAUCAUU